AGCGAUUGCAAUUCAUCGUGGCAUCAUGCCCUCGUUCAACAUGAAGCAUGUAGUGUCUCUUUAGGAAAUGUUCAAGCUGUGAUGGACACUAUACUUGGCUAUGAGAUUCCACUGCCAGCAGGGGAUGUGUAUAUUUCGAUACUCACAGUGAUGUCUUUUCUACCUGCUGUAUUCAUUGUUCACAGGCUAACCGCAUUCGUGAUCAGCAUGCUGCCAAAACGACGUAAAAUGUGAAGAUGAACUUGAGGUGAUUCUAGGAGGAACCCAGCAAAGACAAUGAUUUCGCAAUUUUUCAUAUUGUCACCAAGAGGUGACACGAUCAUCAUGCGAGACUACCUGGGCAAUGUGCCCAAAGCCAGUUCAGAAGUCUUCUUCAGGAAAGUCAACUUUUGGGACAAAGGAGGUCGUGAUGCUCCACCUGUGUUCAAUGUGGAUGGUGUAAGCUAUCUCUACGUCAAGGAUGGAGGAGUUUUCCUGGUUGCUACCACAAGGGAAAAUGUCUCCCCUUCCCUUGUGCUGGAGCUGUUGAAGCGCAUCGGGGGAAUCAUCAAGGACUACUGUGGACUGCUUAGCGAGGAGGCUGUGCGCAAGAACUUUGUUCUUUUGUACGAGCUCCUUGAUGAAGUCAUUGACUAUGGCUACCCCCAGAACUCGUCCUCAGAAGCCCUGAAGGAGUUUGUCCUGAACGAGCCCACCAUGCUGAAGCCUUCGAAGAGCAAAGGCGAUGGCAUAUUCCCGGGGGUGGGCAAGGGGCCCACGGGGGUCAUCAAGUCCAUUCUGGACACCAGCAGGACGGAGGGAAAGGCAAGGGAAGAAAUCUUUGUGGACAUCGUGGAGAAAAUCUCAUGCACGUUCAGCUCAAGCGGCAAUGUGCAGACAUCCCAGAUUGAUGGAGCUAUUCAGGUGAAGAGCUAUCUGACGGGCAACCCGGCAAUAGCGAUCGCGCUGAACGACAACCUGGUGAUCGGGCGGAGGGAGACGUCGGGGGCGGUGGAGUACGGGGGCUACGGGCGCGGCAGCGACACCGUGAUGCUGGACGACUGCAACUUCCACCAGAGCGUGUCGCUGGACCGGUUCGAGACGGAGCGCACUCUGCAGCUGGUGCCGCCGGACGGCGAGUUUGCGGUCAUGAACUACCGCUCUACCUACCCCUUCAAGCCACCCUUUCGCGUCAGCACCACCGUCGACGAGGACCCCAACUCCGCCCUCAAGGCGAUAAUCAACAUCCGGAUAUCGCCGGAUUUCAGCGGGGACAAGGCGGCGAGCGGGCUGGAGGUGGUGGUUCCAAUGCCGCGCGAAGUUGCGCGCGUGCACUGCGAGCUUGGCCGCGACGCCAAGACCGGCGCGGGCGGCCAGUCCUGGGACUGGCAGGAGCGCGCCCGCCGCCUCGUCUGGAAGUUUAAGCGCGUCAUGGGCGGCGUCGAGCACACCCUGCGAGUGAGGGCAACGCUGUCAGAUGGCUGGGGAGCAGGGAUCAAGAAGAGCAUUGGCCCCAUCAACCUGCAAUUCACCAUCCCCAUGUACUGCGCAUCACGCCUGCAAGUGCGCUACCUGCAGAUCCUGAAAGACCAGAAGAACCACCAACCCUACCGCUGGGUCAGAUAUGUGACGCUGUCCAACUCAUAUGUGGUCCGCACCUGAGCAGCGUUCUCACAGUUGCGGACGAGAGCCAAGUACUGAGUGGAAGACUUUGCUUCCAACUUCUAGCGAAAGAGCGCAGAGGGCAACUGCACCCCUCUGCUUUCCAUUCCGUGGAUGGCUUCCUUCGUCAUGGAGACAUUCACAAUAGCAAAUAGAAGGACUGCUCUUGUCAAAUACGGGGUGUGUCAUGUGAGCACUGCGGUCAAUACAAUCAUGAGAUUCUCAAGGCACAAAUAUCAAGGGGACGAACGUGUAACAUCAAAUCUGUGCC